GGACACUGUUAUGGUGGGUUCAUGUUUAAUCGAAGUCGUCCACUCGAGCCAGUACUUCUAAUGGAAACUGUGACAGUUUUGAAUUAUCCAUUUGCUCCCACAGCCAUACCAGUUGGUGAUGAUGAAGAGGAAUUUCGGAAAUCUCUUGCUGAUGCAAAAGUUUAUUUGGUUGGCACUGCUCAUUUCUCACCUGACAGUCAGCGAGAUGUCCUGGAAACAAUUGCAAUUACUCAACCUGAUAUGGUUAUGGUUGAACUUUGUCCAUCUCGUAUUUCAGUGCUCUCGCUGGACGAAGAAACUCUGUUUGAGGAAGCCAAAAACUUGACUUUGAAUAAAAUAAUCAAUACAAUCAAACAGAACGGUAUAGUUCGAGGAAUACUCAAUGUUUUACUGUUGUCGAUGUCUGUGCAUAUGGCAAGAACUUUGGGUAUGGCACCGGGAGGAGAGUUUCGUGCUGCUCACAAAGGAACAGUGAGUGUAAAAAUGUGCAAACUGAUUUUGGGUGAUCGACCAAUACAUGUGACUCUACAGAGAGCUCUCGGUUCUUUGGGCUUUUUUCAAAAACUUCGACUUUUCUAUCAUAUUAUUCUGUGUCAUAAGACUGUAAUUACGCAGGAAGAAAUAGAAAGAUGCAAGAAAUCAGGUAUGUUGGAAGAACUAAUGAAGGAAAUGGCCGGUGAAUUUCCUUUACUUACGAAAAUUUUCGUUGAUGAACGGGACUUGUACAUGACUAAUGCAUUGCAUACUAUACUUAAAAAGUCUACAUUCGAUAAGCGAGUAGCAUGGAGUAAAACCAAUGCCCCUUGGCAGCCAGUAUCUGUUGUAGCCGUUGUCGGUAUUGGGCAUGUUCCAGGUAUUGUUUCGAAUUGGACUAAAAAAGUUGACGUUGGCGAAUUGCUGGUUAUUCCACAGAUGACUCGUACCGAAAAAUUUGUGCGGUUCAGUUUGAAGGCAUUAGUUGUUGGCGUAAUGGGAUAUGCAGUUUACAAAAUUGGUUCAAAAGUGGCUAACAAACUUGAAAUGAUGAUGAAAUGA